UCGUGGGGAAAGCGAUCUUUCAAGUGUGGACGUUCAGCCGAUACAAAAGUAUCCUACUUAACUGUGAAUUUUUCUUCCGGAUUUGGAGAUAACUUGUUCCCUGGGAAGCCGCAUGAGUAAGGCCUCGCUUGGCCAUGGACUCAGCGCCCAUGCUGGCCUGGGUCCUGCUGCUUGGCCUCAUUGCUGACUGCCUGAAAGCUGUUCAGCCCAGAGACUUCACAGUGAAAGACAUCAUCUGUCUUCAUCCUUCAACCACACCCUAUCCUCAUGGAUUUAAAUGUUUUACCUGUGAAAAGGCGGCAGAUAAUUAUGAAUGCAACCGAUGGGCACCGGAUGUCUAUUGUCCAAGAGGUACAAGAUACUGCUUUAGCCAACACAUAAUGAAAGUUACUGGAGAAAGUGUAUCAGUCACCAAACGUUGUGUACCAUUAGAGGACUGUCUGUCUACUGGAUGCACAUACGUAAAACAUGAAGAAUACAAGAUCUGUACUUCCUGCUGUGAAGGAAGCAUCUGCAAUUUGCCACUGCCAAGAAAUACAACAGAUGCGGUAUUUACAACACUGUCCCCCAUAAACAAAACAAAAAGACUGUCACACCAUGCAAUACUAACAACAGUGUGUCUCUUGUUGGUAUUUAUGUCAUAGCAUUGGGUUAUGCUGCCACAUGUGUCGAGUCAAGAAAGUUUAACUGGAGGAAAACAUUUGCAUGAAUGUUCAACCUUUUCAUACAUUCUCAGGACUUACUUACUUACAUUUUGGAAGUGUCUUUGAAAAACUGGUUUUCCUUUAUUUUUGUCAAUGAUGACCUAGUGACUCUGGUAGGUAGCUGUAUCUGAAGGGAUUAAAAAACCUAAGUUUCUUCACUGUUUUCUGUAGCAACUCAGGCAAAAUGUUCUCACAAUCUGUGGCUUAGACCAAUGCACACCUUUUUUUUCUUAACAUCUGUCUUUUCUCCAUGAAAAAAGUUUUAUUUAAAUGUACUUUAUCCCUGCCACUUACUGUUAUCAUCCAUUCAUGAGACACUUCCUUGUUGCGAUAAUUUGUUACAGCAAUAGCUCUGGUGUCUUGUUAACCUGGUUUGAGAACAUACAGUAAAUAAUAUAGAUAUUGUGCCUUUGUAGUCUCCCAAAUCUCCCCUUAUUGCAUUCUCUCAGAAAAAAACCCAGGGAUUUAUGGCAAUGUAGAAGGAUGCUGGAAGGAGAGGCAAGUUCAAAUGGAGCUGCUGGCAGUAACAGCUCGAACCAGGCCAUGGCAGCACCAGCUGCUUUCCCUGAGGUAGGCCAGGACCCGCAGGAGGAGUCUCUGCCCCAUAAUAACUCAGUAGAACAACAUGAACUUGCAUCAUCAGACAUAUACAAGAUCUGUUUAAUUUAUAAAGCAAAGCAGAAAAAAUAUCUAAGCACUUUGCUCUUGAAGCAUAAUCUGCAGGGGUAGAUGGAUAUGCAGGCUCUUAACCUCCUGGUAGACGGAGGACCGUGGGUUAAGGGCUGUCCACGUGUCAGGUUUGGAACAGCACUGCACACCAACCAGCACAGGUCUUUCUUUCAGUGUAUCAGAGCUUUAUGGUUUCACGUUUUGGCAUCCAGUCAAUGCAAGAUGACACUUUGGCCCCAAUCCAGCAAAGCAGUUAAAUUUCAAGUAUAAUUACAAGCAUGAAUAAUCCUGCCAAAGGCUCCAAUGAUGGGUACAUACACACUGCCCUGAGUCUGUGUACGCACUUCCUAACGGCUGUGUGUCAAAUGUCAGGAAUUAAAGGAAGAAGAGUGACCAGAUCAGCUCAGCUCAGCUUUUACAAUAGUGGUUUUAAAAUGGAUUAAUACUAGUCAGAUUUGUUUCCAAACUUGGAAGCAACAAUUAACACAGAGUUCAUAUAGUCCGUAUUCCUGUUGACUUCAGGCAGAUACACAUGUGCAGAAUAAGUGAGGUUAUUAUUAGGAAUUUUAAACUGAAACGGUCGAACUGAAAGAUAUGAAAGGUGAUAACAGUCUGCAUGAGGAGACCGAUAGCCACAGUAUGUGGAACAGAGUUGAUUCCGAACAGCUUCUGUUGUUGUUAUUAUAUUUUCUUUAACACACUCCCAUUUUGUAAUAUGGGAUAUUACUAGCUAUGCCUGGUAUUUCUUAUUUUGCUUGGGAAUAAUUUCUACAGUAUUUAUUUUUGUAUGUUGAGUAGGAUCCAAAGUGUUUUUAAAAAUUCUUAAUAUUGAUAUUGCCAAAGUGGUUGUUUUGC